AUGAAUACUCUAUAUAACUAUUCCAGGUUACUCUGGUUCAUACUAACGUUGAGUGCUUUCGCCGGCGCGGUCUACUGCGGCCUGAAUCAGUAUACACGGUACAGUUCGGAGCCUGUGGUGGUCUCAUUGCAGCGCGACUAUCGGGCCUGGUGGUCCACUUACCCCGCAAUCACUGUCUGCUUCCAAGAGCGAGUGAACCCAGAGUUCGCGAGGAUUGAAAUAGAAAGAAUUUGGAACGUAACCGAAUACUCCGAUUUGGAACUAUUCCAAUACUACUAUGGUUUUAUCGAGCAAGUGGCUGAUGUAUCAUUCAGGACUAAUUUGCAAAACUUCUGGAAAUACCAAAGCGACGACACUGUGAGAGAAGUAGAUUUAUUGAAAUUGGCGCGCGCUGUGCAUCCCAACGUGUCGCUCGGAGUCACCGUGUCACAGACUAACAAGAAGGUCCGUUGGAUACCAGUUAUGACUGAAGAAGGUCUAUGUCAUACACUCAACUCUGUCUACGCUGAAUAUCAGUUUCUCCGACAAGAAGAAGACUGGGAACAGCAGGAGCUGCUGAAAUGUCACUACCAUAGUGGACAGUGCUACGUCAGAAUUAAUACCGCAACUAACGUGGCAAGAUACUUCGUGCAUUCGCCGUUCGACAUAGCGACAGCAAUAUCCAACCCCACGGGUGAAGUGAUGCCUAACGAAGAAUUACACAUAGAUUAUAAAGUCGUGGAAAUCCAGGCAGCAUCACGCGUGAAGACACUAACUCCGGAGCAAAGACGGUGUCGGUACCCUGACGAAUGGCUUAGCACUGCUAUUCAGGCGUACAGUUUCGGUCUAUGCCAGAUGCACUGUCGAAAUCGUAUGGCAAUCAUGUUUUGCGGAUGUCGGCCGUACUUCCAUAUCAAAGGAGGUGAAAUACGAUUUUUUUUUAAUUAUUCAUUCCAUAACAGCUUGUUCUACAAGCCUUUUUGUAUUAUAAAACUUCUGUUUUUUUUUUUAUUUGAAAGGAUCGCACAAUAAGUGCGAAGUGAAAAGGGUCUUUGAAGGGUAAAAUUGAAUUAUACAGCGAAUAAACCAAUAAACAUGGAAUAAAGGUGUAAAUAUCAUCAAAUUGAGAGUCUGGUUUGGUCUGGUUUACAUUCUGCCAGCACAGUAGGACAGUUGCACUGAUUACUUAUGCAUUGCUUUAGCUCAGUGGCGUCAGUUAGCAACUACAUUAUGCCAGUUGUAUACCUGCAUUUUUUGUGUUACUGUCCAACUGUACUGGCAUAAUGUGAACCAACCAUUAUGUAACAAUGAUAGUUGAACUAUUUCGAUCGUUAAACUCCUUUAAUUUUAAACCAAUAGAAAAUACUUGACAUUGCAAAAAAUAAAUCAAACAACCAAACGUCAUUUUCUCAAACUGUCGCUCAUAUUUUAUGAAUUAAUAAAAUUAAAAUUAAAAUCAAACAUCAAUAGCAAAAUUUCGUCUGUAAACAAAAAUAUAU